AUGACGAUCCCUCUCCUCCACCACAACCCUGCCAUCUUUCCUUCUCCGGAAACCUUCAGUCCGUCACGCUGGCUCGCCAACCCUGCGCUAGAUAAGUAUCUUUUUGCAUUCUCGAAAGGGCCGAGAGGCUGCGUGGGUCUGAAUCUAGCUUGGGCACAGAUGUAUUUGGUCAUCGCGGCGCUCGCUGGAAGGUAUUCGGUAGAGGCAGACGGGGGAGAAGUGCCGAGGAUGAAGCUUUGGAAGACAGGUGUGGACGAUGUUUUGCUGAAGCAUGACUUUUACGUUCCUGGCCAAACAGAGGAGACAGUGAAGAAGGGAAUUUGUGUUGUGGUUUCGGGGUAG